CUCUUGUAUCAGGAAUAUCGAGAUAAAUCUACACGCCAGGAGAUCGAAACCCGACGACUGCAGGAUUCACAGACAGACCCUGAGGAGAGUUCACCCAGCGAAGAAACCCCAUCUGAAGCAGAACCCACAAGUACAACCGAAAGCAAAGCUCCACCACAAAUCAGUUUGCUGAGGAACUCCAACUCCAGGUUCAACUUAUGGCAGGAUCUUCCUGAGAUCCGGAGCAGCGGGGUGCUCAGCAUCCUCCAGCCAGAUGAGAUCAAGCUGCAGGAGGCCAUGUUUGAGCUGGUUACCUCCGAAGCCUCGUAUUACAAGAGUCUGAAUCUGCUGGUGUCUCACUUCAUGGAAAACGAACGUCUGAAAAAGAUCUUACACCAGUCUGAGGCACACAUCCUCUUCUCCAAUGUCCUGGAUGUCAUGGCUGUUAGUGAGCGCUUCCUGCUGGACCUGGAGCACCGGGUGGAGGAGAAUAUUGUGAUCUCGGAUGUGUGCGAUAUUGUCUACCAGCAUACAGUUAAUCACUUCUCUGUGUACAUCACCUACGUCUCCAACCAGACCUACCAGGAGAGAGCUUACAAGCAGCUUCUCCAGGACAAGCCAGCUUUCCGGGAACUGAUCUCACAGCUGGAGCUGGAUCCCAAGUGCAAAGGUCUGUCCUUUUCUUCCUUCCUGAUUCUGCCGUUUCAAAGGAUCACUCGGCUCAAGCUGCUGGUGCAGAACAUUUUGAAGAAAGUGGAAGAGAAGUCUGACAGGGAAACCACUGCCCUGGACGCACAUAAAGAGCUGGAAACAGUGGUGAAAGCAUGUAAUGAAGGAGUCAGAAAGAUGAGCCGAACAGAGCAGAUGAUCAGCAUCCAGAAGAAAUUGGAAUUCAAGAUCAAGUCUGUGCCCAUCAUCUCUCACUCCCGCUGGCUGCUGAAACAGGGGGAACUGCAGCAAAUGAAUGGUCCAAAGACAUCACGAACGCUUCGCACCAAGAAACUCUUCAGAGAAAUCUACUUGUUCCUUUUCAAUGAUCUGCUGGUAAUUUGCCGACAAAUUCCUGGGGACAAGUACCAAGUGUUCGACUCGGCUCCCCGGGGGCUUCUUCGAGUAGAGGAGUUAGAAGACCAAGGGCAGAGUUUGGCCAACGUCUUCAUCUUGAGGCUGCUGGAGAAUGCGGAUGACCGGGAGGCCAGCUACAUGCUGAAGGCAUCAUCCCAGAGUGAAAUGAAGCGCUGGAUGAUUUCACUGGCCCCAAACCGGAGAACCAAGUUCGUUUCGUUUACAUCCAGACUUGUUGACUGUCCACAGAUCCAGUGCGUCCACCCGUACGUGGCCCAGCAGCCGGAUGAGCUGUCCUUGGAACUGGCUGACGUCCUCAACAUCCUGGACAAGACAGACGACGGCUGGAUAUUUGGGGAGCGUCUUCACGACCAGGAGAGGGGCUGGUUCCCCAGUUCUAUGGGGGAGGAGAUCCUGAACCCCAAAAUCCGAGCCCAGAACUUGAAGGAGUGUUUCCGAGUGCACAAGUCAGAUGACAGUCAGCGGAGGAAACUGGGCAGCAGAAACCGCCAAUGACUGCUGUCGUCCCCAAGUGU